AUGUCCAAUGAUAAGAUUUCAAUUAUUGAUCCCAACUUUGAGGACUUCGUAAGAUCAAUUAUUUUGAACGAGGAAGAUGAAGAGCUAGUGAAAGAUCUUCAGACCCUAACGCCUGGGCCAAGUAAUUUGAUAUCAAUUCCUGGUUCUGGUGAUCAGAAAACUGGAGGGAACUCGGACAUAGAGUUUCAUGACUCUGACAAUGAUCCCGAUUUUACUGUUGAUCCUGUUCAUGAGUUCAGCAGUGAAAGUGACACUCUUUCUGCAGGUGAUAUCUCCAGCGAUGAUGAUAUGCGCCCUCCCAACAGUCGUCCCCCUUCUCACAUCCAAAUACCGGAACAUUAUGUGGCAGAAUCAGAAUUUGUAAACACCCACCCGCAAUUGUCUAGUUCCACUGGAUUCUUGCAAAUGGAACUUGGAGAAUCUGAUGAUGAUAUGGAUUACAUAAUAUCUGAUGAUGAACUAAAUCAAGCAGUAUCUGACUGGAGUGACGACGAAGACACUCCAUUACAUAUGUUCGAUUUCCCCCGUAUUAACUUCGACGUUACUGACGACAUUCCUGUUACAUAUUUGGGAAAAGACGACACGGAAUGGUAUUCAGAAGAGCCAAGUCGCUGUAUACGAACGCGAGCAGAAAAUACCAUAAGAGGCUUACCAGGACUACGGGGGCCGGCUCGAACACUUGGAGUCAAACCAUCCCCCAUAGAAGUUUGGAAGUUGUAUAUGGACGAUCAAAUCAUGCAGGAGAUUCUCUUGCGGACCAACAACAAAUUGGAAUGUGAACGGGCUAAAAUUGACCCACAUGACAAAUACAAACUUCGUAGACUACGACCAACAAAUGAAGCUGAAAUUGAUGCACUACUAGCAGUUUUCCUGCUAUCGGCGAUCAUGAAAGGAAAUACGGAGGAUGUUGGCAGUCUUUUCAGCAGUGGUAUAACAGGACGACCUAUUUUUCGUGCAGCGAUGUCAGAGAAAAGAUUCGAGGUACUCAUAGCCUGUCUUCGUUUUGAUAACCCAAAUACACGAGCAGAAAGAAGAAAAGUAAAUAGAGCAGCACCAAUAUUAUGGGUUUUUGAAAAGUUCGUAGAAAACUGUAAAAAAUUGUUUGCAAUCAGUGAACUAACGUGUAUUGAUGAAAUGCUGAUUCCAUUUCGUGGAGGUACUCCUUUCACUGUAUACAUGCCCAGCAAACCAGGCAAAUAUGGCAUAAAACUUAUGGUAUUGACAGAUGCACGUAAUUCGUAUAUGUAUGAUGCCUACAUUUACAGCGGAAAGGGUUCGGAUGGCUUCGGUCUGACAUCUGAAGAAAAGGAACUAAAAGUUCCAACUCAAGCUUUGAUAAAGCUAACAAACUGCAUAAAGAAUUCUGGCAAAAAUAUCACUGCUGACAAUUAUUUUUGUUCAGUUGAAGCCUGCCGAGAGCUUACACGACGAAAGCUCACGUUAGUGGGAACAAUGAGAAAAAACAAGAAGGAGAUCCCCCAGAAUUUCUUACACAAAAAACAAGGAGUGUCUACAGUUCUCUAUUUGGAUUCAAUGAGAAUAUGA